CCCACACUGUCGAUUGGCCCAGCAACUGCGCUGCCCGCUCGCGCCGGCGGGCGGACUAGGUUGUGGCCUGUCACUGGGGCUUCUCUCACUCCUCCCCCUGCGCUUCCCUUUGGCUGGAGAGGCCUCACGUAAGGCCCACGAGGAGAGGGAGGAGCUUCGCGGCUUGUUUUUUCCCUGCCGGCUGAUACAGCCGAGCUGUGGUGGCUGCAGGCGUGGAGGGCGGGAGCGCUGCAAACUCGCAGGUGUGGGGAGCGGUUCGGUGCAGCGAAGCAAGCGGGGCAUGACCCCGCCUUCUGCUUCUUCUCUUUCAAGUGGCGGGAACUGUCGGCCAGCCGUCCGGGUCCCAGCCCGCAGGUCUUGUCCUCCGGUCUCCGAGUAGAUAAUAUGUAUCAUCAGUAGAAAAGCUUCUUGAAGAAAUUGUUCAAAAGAAACUUGAAAGGAGCAAAAGUAUAAGACAGAAUUGACAGCAGAUGCAGAGGACAGCAUGGCAAUUUUACUUCAUUCAUUCAUUUAAUAAAUUCAUGCAGAAGAACUUUGUUUAACACCUAUUCUUGCCGAGUAUUGUCCUGAGCAACGGAACACAGCAGUGAACAAAUAAACAAAAUCUCCCGCUGAUAUGCAGCUACAGCUGAUGAUGUCUUCCAGUUUCAGUGUAUUUAGAGUUGGCAUCUCUUUUGUCAUGAUGUGCAUUUUUUAUAUGUUAGCAGUAGACUCUCUACCAGAACUGAGUCCUCAGAAAUUCUUUAGUACAUUGCAACCAGGAAAAGCCACCUUAGCUUAUUUCUGUCAAGCUGAUUCUCCAAGUACCUCUGUAUUUCUUGAAGAACUGAAUGAGGCUGUUAAACCUCUCCAGGACUAUGGAAUUUCAGUUGCAAAGGUUAAUUGUGUCGCAGAAGAAACCUCAAGAUACUGUGGAAGAGAAGAGGAUUUGAUGAAAGUGUAUUUAUUCAGGGGCAGCAUAUUACUCAGAGAAUUCCCCACGGAUACCUUGUUCGAUGUAAAUGCCAUCGUGGCUCAUGUUCUCUUUGCUCUUCUUUUUAAUGAAGUAAAAUAUAUUACCACUCUGGGAGACCUUCAGAACAUAGAAAAUGCUCGGAAAGGAAGAACAAACAUUGUGUUCUCAUAUGUCAGAGCCAUUGGAACACCAGAGCACAGAGCAGUCAUGGAAGCUGCUUUUGUGUAUGGGACCACGUACCAAUUUGUCUUAACCACAGAAAUUUCCCUUUUGGAAAGUAUUGGCACUGAAGAUAUAGAAUAUGCACAUCUCUACUUUUUUCAUUGUAAACCAGUCUUGGACUUGACUCAGCAAUGUAAGAGAACACUAAUGGAACAGUCAUUGACUACACUGAACAUCCAUCAAUUUAUUAAAACAAUGGAAGCACCUCUGCUGACUGAAGUUGCUGAAGAUCCUCAGCAAGUUUCAACUGUUCAUCUCCAACUAGGAUUACCACUGGUUUUUAUUGUUAGUCGACAAGCUACAUAUGAAGCCGAUAGAAAAACUGCAGAAUGGGUUGCUUGGCGUCUUCUGGGAAAAGCAGGAGUUCUACUCUUGUUAAGGGACUCUUUGGAGGUGGACAUUCCUCAGGAUGCUAAUGUCAUCUUCAAAAGAGCAGAAGAGGGAGUGCCAGUGGAAUUUCUGGUAUUAAAUGAUGUUGAGUUAAUAGUAUCCCGUGUGGAAAGUAAUAUGUAUGUUGCUCAAACACAAGAAGAUGAAGUCGGUGACAUGGAAGGUCCAAAUAUGGGUAUUCAAGAUGAUGAAGUGGCAGAAACUGUUUACAGAGAUAGGAAGAGACAGUUACCUUUGGAACUCACGGUGGAACUAACAGAAGAGACAUUUAAUGCGACAGUGACGUCUUCUGAUAGCAUAGUGCUUUUCUAUGCUGCUUGGCAAGCAGUGUCCAUGGCACUUCUGCAGUCCUAUAUUGAUGUGGCAGUUAAGUUGAAAGGCACAUCCAGUAUGCUGCUUACUAGAGUAAACUGUGCAGAUUGGUCUCAUGUCUGUACUGAGCAAAAUGUUACUGAAUUUCCUGUUGUAAAGAUGUACAAGGGAGGUGAAAACCCAGUAUCUUAUGCUGGCAUGCUAGGAACUGAAGACCUCCUGAAAUUUAUCCAGCUCAGCAGGAUUUCAUGCCCAGUGAACAUAACGUCUGUCCAAGAAGCAGAAGAAUAUUUAAGUGGGGAAUUAUUUAAAGACGUAAUCUCCUAUUCCACUCUGUCAGUACUGGGGCUUUUUAGUCCAACCAUGAAAACAGCAAAAGAAGAGUUCAUUGAAGCAGGAAACUACCUAAAAGGAUGUGUUAUCACAGGAAUUUAUUCUGGAGAAGAUGUUUCAAUACUGUCAAAUAAAUAUGCUGUAACUCUCCCAGCCCUGCUGCUUGCCAGACACAAAGAAGGCAGAAUAGAGAGCAUUCCACUGGCUAACACCCAUGGGCAAAACAUAGUUCAAAUAGUAACAAAUGCAUCACUGGAAACAUUUCCAGAAAUCACUGUGGAAAAUCUUCCUACUUAUUUAAGACUUCAGAAACCAUUACUCAUCUUAUUCAGUGAUGGCAGCAUAGAUCCUCAGCAUAAAAAAGUAAUAUUGAUGCUGGUAAAAGAAAAACACUUGGAUUCACUUACCCCUUGCUGGUUGAAUCUGAAUAAUACUCCUGUGGGAAGAGGAGUCUUACAGGCGUAUUUUCAUGUCUUACCCCCUCUGCCUCUUCUUGUUGUGGUGAAUCUGCAUUCAGGAGGCCAAGUAUUUGCAUUUCCUUCAGACCAGGCUAUAACUGAAGAGAACCUUUUAUUGUGGCUGAAAAAAUUAGAAGCAGGACAAGAAAGUCAUAUCACAAUUUUACCAGCUCAGGAAUGGAAACCUCCUCUGCCUGCUUAUGAUUUUCUAAGUAUGAUAGAUGCUGCAGCAUCUCAACAUCCUACUAGGAAAGUUUCUGAGUGUAUAAAAGAAACUGAUGUGCAGGAAAAUUAUAAAGAACAGCCUGAAGAUCAAUCAGCAAUCAGAAAAGAAUCAACUGGAAUAUUGAGAAUGAAACACUGGGAUAGAAGUAACUGGUUUGAAGAAGCAAAGAAACCAUUCAGGCAUGACAAUAAAGAAUUAUGAUGCUCAAAAAUGAGCUAGUUUUAUAGGGCUGUGGAACACUUUCCAGAGCCUUUUUGGCUUAUUUUAUAGACUUAAGAAUUUAUUUCAUUAAAAAAUAACCUUACAUCAGCCAGAAUGGCCAUCAUCAAAAAGUCUACAAACAAUCAAUGCUGGAGAGGGUGCAGAGAAAAGAGAACCCUCUUACACUGUUGGUGGGAAUGUAAACUGGUGCAACCACUAUGGAAAACAGUAUAGCGGUUCCCCAAGAAACUAAAAAUAGAACUACCAUAUGAUCCAGCAAUCCUACUCCUGGGCGUCUUUCUGGAGAAAACCAUAAUUCGAAAAGAUAUAUGCAUCCCAGUGUUCAUUUCAUCACUAUUUACAAUAGCCAAGACAUGGAAGCAACCUAAAUGUCCAUCAAGAGAGGAAUGGCUAAACAUGUAGUACAUAUAUACAAUGGAAUAUUAGGAAAAAAGAAUGAAAUAAGCCAUUUGCAGCAACAUGGAUGGACUUAGAGAUUAUCAUACUAAGUGAAGUUAGUGAAAGACAAACAUCAUAUCACUUAUGUGUGGAAUCUUAAAAAAGAAUACAAAUGAACUUGUUUGUGAACAGACUGACUCAUAGACUUUGAAAAACUUAUGGUUACCAAAGGGGACAGAUGGUUGUGGGGGGAAGACGGAGGGUUUGGGCUUGUCAUAUCCACACUGUGUAUAUGGAAUGAUUGGCCAGUGGGGACCUGCUGUAUAGCUCAAGGAGCUCUACCCAGUAUUCUGUGAUGGUCUAUAUGGGAAAAGAAUCUGAAAGAGAAUGGAUGUGUGUAUAUGUAUAACUGAAUCACUUUGACAGCAGAAAUUAUCACAAUCUUAUGAAUCAACUAUACAUCAAUACAACUUUAAAAAAAUGGGAAAAAAGCAAUACUAAAUCAUUUCAAGUUUGUAGACCUGUGCUGUCCAAUAAAAAAUUCACCCAGUAGGUAUAGUCAAAAUAGUUACGUUAACGUAGAAAUUAUGAGUUAUUUUACAUUCUUUUUUUAUAUCAAGUCUUCAAAAUCCAGUGCACAUUUUAUAUUUAUUCCACAUCUCAUUCCAAAGGAGCCACACUUCAGGUGCUGAGUAGCCACAUGUGGCUGGUAUCAGUGGUGUUAGCUCAGCUCUUAAACAGUAACUGGUAUAAUUAACUUACUUCUAACCACAAUAUAUUUAAGCUAAAAGAUAAAUACAACUCUAGUCAAAUCACAUUUGAUGCCGUAGUGGAAUCAUGGAGCUGGCAGUUACAUUUGUUUUGUUGUUGCCAUGAUGUUAAAACCAGUGUUUCUUAAUCAGGAAACAGUUUUGCCCACCAGGGGACAUUUGGCAAUGACAAGGCACAUUUUUGAUUGUCAUUACUAGGGGUGUUAUAGGUUAGCAGAGGCCAGGGAUUCUGCUAAACACAGCAUCAGAGGGAAGAAAUUUGGAAAGGUCUAAGAUUUUACCCUAUCUGCAAGUUAAAAGUUAGCUUGCCAUA